AUGCUCAUUGGUGAUGUUACAGUUAUUCCAAUGAAGACGGCAUUGCCAGUUCUAGAGGUUUUCGGAAGUGAAUACCGUGUUUUGAUGGCAAAUCGUCAUAGAGUGAGAGGAACUGGAAAAUUCUUCACUACAAAAAAUACAGCUCCACUAUUAUCUGAACUCAAAAGUGUUACUUUGACAGAUGAUAGAGAAACUGACUUAGUUAUUGUAAGCUCAAAGUAUAUUGACGAAUAA